AUGAUGGAAGACGCUAGCUCAGAUAUUAGACAUAGAGAACAACUGGACUUAGAGUCGUUUCACCUUAAAGCUCCACCCGAUCCAGAUAAAGAUGACGACAGUGUUCAUACAGCGACAACUGAGAAGAAAGGACGCUUCCCGCCAUUAUUCAGUGGUAUUAAACACGAUAUUAUAGACUUUUUACCGCAAUAUGUAUCUGAUUGGAAAGAUGCAUGGAACUAUCGUGUGAUACCUUCAGUGGUCGAAACAUAUUUGAACAACCUGUUGCCAGCUAUUGCAUUUGCACAGGAUAUGUUCGACCAUACCGAUAAUGCCUUUGGAGUAAAUGAGGUUUUACUGUCCAGUGGGAUGGCAGGGGUUGUAUUUGGUGUUAUUGGCGGACAGCCACUCUGUAUUGUGGGUGUAACAGGCCCUAUUGCUAUUUUCAACUACACUGUUUACGAUAUCAUCAAGCCGUUGGGAAUCAACUACUUUGGGUUUAUGUUUUGGGUAUGCAUCUGGGCUAUGAUUCUCCACGUAAUUCUUGCUAUUACGAACAUGAUGUGCCUCCUGCAGUUUGUUACGGAGUUUCCUUGUGACGUGUUUGGCUUUUUCAUCAACGUAGUGUAUAUCCAGAAGGGCAUCGAUAUACUUACAAAACAAUUUACCCACGAGGGAGAAGUCGAUACUGCAUCGGGAUUUGCAAGCAUAGCAGUGGCGCUACUUAUGACCGCUUUCGGCGUCGGAGGCAAGCUGUUCAAUAUUACGCCCUUAUUUACACAUAAGCUUAGGACGAUAAUAUCUGAUUACAGUACCGCGGCAUCUGUUGUGUUCUGGUCCGGCUUCACGCACUUUGGUGGAUACCUUAAUGACGUGAAGUUCCGUAAACUGGAAAUUAGCAAGGCAUUCGAUGUAACAUCGAUAACCCGCUCAGGCUGGUUUGCGUACCAUAGCAUACCGGUUAAGUACGUAUUUCUCGCAUUGCCAUUUGGCCUGAUUCUCACAAUCCUAUUUUAUUUCGAUCACAAUGUGUCGUCCCUUAUGGCCCAGCGCCGCAGAUACAAUCUCAAAAAGGCGUCCACCUUUCACUACGAUUUUUUGCUUCUAAGCUUCACAACUGGUGUUAGCGGUAUUCUUGGUAUACCAGCUCCCAACGGCCUUAUACCACAAGCACCGCUUCACACAGAAUCCUUGCUUGUGCGUGAUUCCGAAGGUAAUAUCAUCCGUUGUGUUGAGCAAAGAUUUACUAACACAGUCCAAGGUCUUAUGAUGCUAGGGACAAUGACCAGGCCACUUCUGCAAUGUCUUGGCCAAAUACCACAGGCUGUCCUUAGUGCUUUGUUUCUCACAAUGGGAAUAACGGGUCUGCAUGGUAACGCAAUCAUUAAAAGAGUCAUAUGGCUAGUGACUGAUCGUAAAAUGAGAGAUAAACAUGAUAGACUAAACACUGUUCCAACAAAGCCAUUAUUGAUCUUUACGACCAUUGGUGUAAUCUCCGGCCUUAUAGAAUUUGCUCUUACGCUGUCUAAAGCAGCGAUAGCGUUCCCCGUUGUCUUGCUUAUAACAGUGCUAAUGAGUAUGAGCUUCAAAAGAUGGUUUAAACACGAUCACCUUGCUAUACUGGAUGGUCAAGUAGGCGAACCACACACAAUGAAGAAUCUACAGCGCGUUAAUUUGUAA